CAGGGUUCUUGGGUAGCUGGCGCACUGAACAGCACAUCCGGACAUCUGCAGACCGCCCUUCGGCUUCAUACAGUAAUGCUCAAGCUCCACACCACGUCUCAAUCUACGGGUCGCCUCAACGCCAAUGUCUCGAGGAGUCUGCUCACCUCCAGCGGCAACGCUACCCUGCGAGUUAUCGACCUCAACCUAGAAAUAGGAUACGUGGCAAACGAUGCUGACUACGCGUGUCGCGUAUCGUUGGACACGAUAGCCCGCAUACGGACUGCCGAGGGCAUCUUCGCUGGUAACGUCUUGUACCCGUCCGAACAAUGGCUCGUCGCACGGCUGUUCAAGGCCGUCCAGGAUGAAACAAGGCGGUCUUUCAUGCGCAUCUCGUGGAACCUAUUGGCCACGAAUAAGGCGGUCCUCCUACUCAUCGAGGAUCUCGCCCGCCUUGAGGACCAUGCGUCUAGGUUCUGUUCACCGAGCCUGUUGGGUAGGGCUGGGUCUGUUCGUCGGAUCAUGUAUCCCAGUUUCGACGACACCCAAUGCCGAGACUUGACGCUUGGCCUCGAGAUGGCGCGCUUCGAUGUUGAGGUGCUCUUCUCCUCUGUGCAGGAGUUGUUCGCGGUGCUCGAUGAAAAUGGGCAACGGCUCGCCGAGUUGGAGAAAUGGCUUGCCCAGCCAGGAACUCUGAUCCCCGGUCUCCGGUACACCAGCGGGCACGUCGCUGAACUCCUGGUCAACAGGCAAUAUAUACGUUCGGCGAAAAAGGAUAAUAGUGUUGUUCAACCGCUCAAAGCUUUGGUUCGUGCUCAGUAGAUUCAAGUGGUGACGCCUCUAUGUACUUUUCCCUUUCACGACUCAUCCUACGUAUGCACCGCACUCCGAUCUCGCACCCGUGUA